AUGAAAGGAAUAAGGAACAGGGAAUGGAGAAUUUCAAUAUUAAUAUAUGAAAUUCAUUAACAUAUGUAAUUUAUUAACAUAGAAUAGACGAACAGAGGAAUAGCGAUAUAAGAAAACAGUGACUAAAUAUUAUUCUAUGUUUUGUGUGCACAAUGCAUAUGAUAAUAUUAAAUUGUUCCCUAUUCGCUAUUCCUUAUUCCCCUAUUGCCUAUUCUCUAUUGCCCAUUCCCUGUUCCCUGUUCUUUAUUCCUUUCAUUGUACGCAGCUCCUUACUCACGGUCAGAGAAACUUCUCUCUGCCGGUGUAUACACCACCUUCACGUUUGUUAGACCACCGGUCAGUUCGAGCAGAUCGAGUGAAAAUACUCAGAUUCGUACGGUGCGAGAUAGAAUGGAUGACGAGAAUGAACGCUACGCUCACGACGACGAGGAAUAUGCACAAUUGUCACUGCUACGUCUGCUACGUGUUAUUGGCCGUAGAGUCGGAGUACUGCCUGGGCCAAUAAGAAGAAAGAAAAAGAAGUCACUGCUGGAUCUCCCGGAGGAGAUGUUCCUGCAUAUAUGCUCCUUUCUAGAUGCGUCGACGCUAGUACACGGUUUGAGCUUAGUGUGCAAACAGUUCUACCUGAUUUUAAAGGAUGCAGACUUCCUGUGGAAAGCGCGAAUUAAUCACGUAUUGCCGAAUGCUAGCCACUCGCUUUUGUGUUCCGAGAGGCCCGGCAAACUGUUUUGGAAGUUGUCAUGCGUUGCAAUCGAGAAACAAGCAGCGCUGUGGAAGCAUAAUUCUAUGAAGAAAUUGAAAUUGUCGAAACGUUAUUACGAUGCAACUUCUGUGUUGCUGAUGCCCGUA